AUGAAACGGACUACCUCCAGCGACGUCAUUCGUGUCCUGAAGCAGAACUUCACUAAGCUGGGAUUGCCAUACGCACUCACGUUCGAUAAUGCAAAAAACUUCUCGAGUCAGGAGUUAAAAGAUUACUGUGUAGACCGUGGUAUAAAACUGCUGCACACUACACCGUAUUGGCCGAGUGCAAACGGGGAAGUUGAGAGGCAGAACCGAUCGUUUCUUAAAGUACUGAAAAUUAGCAGGCAACAAGGAACUGAUUGGAAGGAAGCACUCCAGGAAUACUUGUACAUGUAUGCGGUAACGCCGCACUCGGUAACAGGUGUAUCUCCCGCACAGCUGAUGUUCGGAAGACGUUUUCGUGAUGUAAUUCCUCAUGUUCAUGAUGCCUGGGACGACGGUGAGUUGAGAGAUCGCGAUCUAUUAGCAAAAUGUCACGCAAAGGAGAUCAGGGAUAAGCGAGUCGGUGCCAAGGAAUCCACAGUUACUGUUGGUGACACAGUAUUAAUGAAAAACACGACACUACAGGACAAACUCGCAUCGAAGUUUUUACCGACUCCAGCAAAAAUCGUUAGUCGUUGUUCAAACAGUCUAACCCUUGAAACACCAGAUGGACAAAGUUACAAAAGAAACACAUCUCAUGUGAAACCAUUUGUAAACACUGUAAAACAGAGAGAAACACGCUACGGGGUCACGGAAAUUACACAACCAGAUAAUCAGUCCGUAGCGGCAUCAACGAAAAACAACAUUCUAACACCCGUACGUCAAUCUGUACAAGAAGAAAAAGUCCAAGGUAAAAUUGAGUUACGACCAAGACGAGAAGUAAGAGCUCCCAAAUGGUUUAAUGAUUACACACCGUAA